GUGAAGGCAGCGGGGCGGCCUGCCCUCGAAGCCGGCUGCGCUCGGAGGAAGGCGGGAGGCCUCCUGUCCUCUUUCCCCGCUUGUCCCUCGCAGGAGUGUGACCCGGGGAGCCCGCCGCGAUGUACGCCGUCUACAAGCAGGCGCACCCUCCCACGGGACUGGAGUUCUCCAUGUACUGCAACUUCUUCUCCAACGCUGAGCGCAACUUGGUGGUGGCGGGAACCUCACAGCUGUACGUUUACCGGCUCAACCACGACUCCGAGACCUCAACCAAAAAUGACAGGAACACAGAAGGCAAAGGCCACAAGGAGAAGCUGGAGCUGGUGGCCGCCUUCUCUUUCUUCGGCAACGUCAUGUCCAUGGCUAGCGUGCAGCUUGCGGGCGCCAAGAGGGACGCCCUCCUUCUCAGCUUCAAGGACGCCAAGCUCUCGGUGGUGGAGUACGACCCCGGCACUCACGACCUGAAGACCCUUUCCCUUCAUUACUUCGAGGAGCCGGAGCUGAAGGAUGGCUUUGUGCAGAAUGUUCACAUCCCCAAAGUGCGGGUGGAUCCUGACGGGCGCUGCGCCGUGAUGCUCAUCUACGGCACGCGGCUGGUGGUGCUGCCGUUCCGCCGGGACACCUUGACUGAUGAGCAUGACGGAGUCAUGGGGGAAGGCCAGAAGUCGAGUUUCCUGCCCAGCUACAUCAUCGACGUGCGGGAGCUGGACGAGAAGCUGCUCAACAUCAUCGACAUGCAGUUCCUGUACGGCUACUAUGAGCCCACCCUGCUCAUCCUGUUUGAGCCCAACCAGACCUGGCCUGGGAGGGUGGCCGUGCGUCAGGACACCUGCAGCAUCGUGGCCAUCUCUUUGAACAUCAUGCAGAAGGUCCACCCGGUCAUCUGGUCGCUCAGCAACCUGCCUUUCGACUGCACGCAGGCCCUGGCGGUGCCCAAGCCCAUCGGUGGCGUUGUGAUCUUUGCCGUCAACUCCCUCUUGUACCUGAACCAGAGCGUGCCGCCCUACGGCGUGUCCCUCAACAGCCUGACCAACGGCACUACCGUCUUCCCCCUAAGGGUUCAGGAGGGAGUGAAGAUCACGCUGGACUGUGCCCAGGCGGCCUUCAUCUCCUAUGACAAGAUGGUGAUAUCCCUGAAAGGCGGGGAGAUCUACGUCCUGACUCUCAUCACAGACGGCAUGCGAAGCGUCCGGUCCUUCCACUUUGACAAGGCCGCGGCCAGCGUCCUCACCACUUGCAUGAUCACCAUGGAGCCCGGCUACCUCUUCCUGGGCUCACGCCUGGGCAACUCUCUCCUCCUGAAAUACACGGAGAAACUCCAGGAGGCCCCCUUGAGCAUCGCCAAAGACUCUGCGGAGAAGGUGGAGGAGCCCCCCGUCAAGAAGAAGCGCGUGGAGCAGCCUGUGAACUGGGCAGGAGGAAAGUCAGCCCCGCAGGACGAGGUCGACGAGAUUGAGGUGUACGGCAGUGAAGCCCAGUCCGGGACCCAGCUGGCCACUUACUCUUUUGAGGUGUGUGACAGCAUCCUGAACAUCGGCCCCUGUGCCAAUGCGGCCAUGGGGGAGCCUGCCUUCCUUUCUGAGGAGUUCCAGAACAGCCCUGAGCCCGACCUGGAGAUUGUGGUUUGCUCGGGCUACGGGAAGAAUGGAGCUCUCUCCGUCCUGCAGAAAAGCAUCCGACCGCAGGUGGUGACGACCUUCGAACUUCCAGGCUGCUAUGAUAUGUGGACCGUCAUCUCGCCCCAGAAGAACGAAGAGCAGGAGGAAGAAACAGCUCAAGGGGAAGCCACGGAGAAGGAGCCCCCUCCGCCGGAGCCCGUGGACGACGGCAAGCGGCACGGCUUCCUCAUCUUGAGCCGGGAGGACUCCACCAUGAUCCUGCAGACCGGCCAGGAGAUCAUGGAGCUGGACACGAGCGGCUUUGCCACCCAGGGCCCCACGGUGUAUGCUGGCAACAUUGGCGAGAACCGCUACAUCGUCCAGGUGUCCCCCCUGGGCAUCCGGCUGCUGGAGGGAGUGAACCAGCUGCACUUCAUCCCCGUCGACCUCGGGUCACCCAUCGUCCAGUGCGCCGUGGCCGACCCCUACGUGGUGAUCAUGAGCUCCGAGGGGCAGGUCACCAUGUUUGUGCUGAAGAGCGACACCUACGGGGGCCGGACGCACCGCCUCACUCUGCAGAAGCCCCAGCUGCACCACCAAUCCAAGGUCAUCGCUCUGUGCGUCUACCGGGACGUCAGUGGGAUGUUCACCACGGAGAGCCAUUCCUCCAGCUCCCGAGACGAGCUGUCCCUGAGGAGCCAGUCAGAGUCAGAGGUGCCCAUCCAGGACAUCAGCAACACCGUGGACGACGAGGAGGAAAUGCUGUACGGGGAUUCCAGUGCCCUCUUCAGCCCCACCAAGGAGGAGCCCCGCCGGUCCAGCCUGCCUUCGGCGGACAGAGACCCCCACCAGUACAAAUCCGAACCCACUCACUGGUGUGUGCUGGUGCGGGAGAACGGCACCAUGGAAAUCUACCAGUUGCCGGAGUGGCGCCUGGUUUUCCUGGUGAAGAAUUUCCCCAUGGGGCAGCGGGUGCUGGUGGACAGCUCUUUCGGCCAGCCGGCCAGCCAGGCUGAGGCCAAGAAGGAGGAGGUGAUCCGUCAGACGGAGAUGCCGCUGGUCAAGGAGGUGCUGCUGGUGGCCCUGGGGAAUCGGCAGAGCCGUCCGUACCUGUUGGUCCACGUGGAUCAGGAGCUGCUCAUCUACGAGGCCUUCAAUCACGACUCCCAACUGGGCCAGACCAACCUCAAAGUUCGCUUUAAGAAGGUCCCACAUAACAUUAACUUCCGGGAGAAGAAGCCCCGUCCGUCCAAGAAGAAGCCCGACGGGGCCGGUGGGGAGGACUCGGGGGCGGCCCGGGGGCGGGUGGCCCGCUUCCGCUUCUUUGAAGACAUCUAUGGUUACUCUGGGGUGUUCAUCUGUGGGCCUUCUCCCCACUGGCUGCUGGUGACCUCUCGGGGGGCCCUGCGCCUUCACCCCAUGACCCUUGACGGGCCCAUCGAGUCCUUUGCCCCCUUCCACAACGUCAACUGCCCCAAGGGCUUCCUCUACUUCAACCGGCAGGGGGAGCUGCGCAUCAGCGUCCUGCCCGCCUACCUUUCGUACGACGCCCCGUGGCCAGUCCGGAAGAUUCCACUCCGCUGCACCGCCCACUACGUGGCCUACCACGUUGAGUCCAAGGUCUACGCGGUGGCCACCAGCCUCAACAACCUUUGCACCCGGAUCCCUCGCAUGACAGGAGAGGAGAAGGAGUUUGAGACCAUUGAGCGAGACGAUCGCUACAUCUACCCCUUGCAGGAGGCCUUUUCCAUCCAGCUGAUCUCUCCCGUCAGCUGGGAGACCAUCCCAAACACCAGGAUAGACCUGGAGGAGUGGGAGCACGUGACCUGCAUGAAGACGGUGUCUCUCAAGAGCGAGGAGACGGUCUCGGGCCUGAAGGGCUACAUUGCCCUGGGGACUUGCCUCAUGCAGGGCGAGGAGGUGACCUGCCGGGGCCGGAUCUUGAUCAUGGACAUCAUCGAGGUGGUCCCUGAGCCCGGGCAGCCGCUCACCAAGAACAAGUUCAAGGUGCUGUACGAGAAAGAGCAGAAGGGCCCCGUGACCGCCUUGUGCCACUGCAACGGCUACCUCGUGUCGGCCAUCGGCCAGAAGAUCUUUCUCUGGAGCCUGAAGGACAAUGAUCUGACGGGCAUGGCCUUCAUCGACACGCAGCUCUACAUCCACCAGAUGAUCAGCGUCAAGAACUUCAUCCUGGCGGCCGACGUCAUGAAGAGCAUCUCGCUGCUGCGUUACCAGGAGGAGAGCAAGACCCUGUCGCUUGUCAGCCGGGAUGCCAAGCCUUUGGAAGUUUACAGCGUGGACUUCAUGGUGGACAAUUCGCAGCUGGGAUUCCUGGUUUCUGACAGGGACCGAAACCUCAUCGUCUACAUGUAUCUGCCAGAAGCCAAGGAGAGUUUUGGCGGGAUGCGUCUGCUUCGACGAGCCGACUUCCACGUGGGUGCCCACGUCAACACUUUCUGGAGGACGCCGUGCCGGGGAGCCGCAGACGGGACAAUCAAGAAAUCCGGCGCCUGGGAGAACAAGCACAUCACCUGGUUUGCCACGCUCGACGGUGGGAUCGGGUUGCUGCUGCCCAUGCAGGAGAAGACCUACCGCCGCCUCCUGAUGCUGCAGAACGCCCUCACCACCAUGCUGCCCCACCACGCGGGUCUCAACCCCCGGGCCUUCCGGAUGCUGCACAUGGACCGGCGCAUCUUGCAGAAUGCCGUCCGGAACAUCUUGGAUGGGGAGCUGCUCAACCGUUACCUUUACCUCAGCACCAUGGAGCGCAGCGAGCUGGCCAAGAAGAUCGGCACCACGCCGGACAUUAUUCUGGAAGAUUUACUGGAGAUCGAUCGUGUCACGGCUCAUUUCUAGGUGGUUCUUCUCCCGUCCGGUUUUGUGGGGGGAGCAGCUGAGCCACCCUCUGCUCCAGUUGUAAAGCCUUUCUCUCGCUCGGCUCCUUUUGUGUUCCUGUUUUGCUUUGUUUUUAUAAACUGGUAAAGUUUUGUAAAGAAA